UCUCACCUCCGUUUCCCAGUUCCCGGUGUCUUUGAUUACGCCUCAGUCCGAUCGGGUGCAGAGUUGCAGGUGGAGGAGAGGAGCCGGUUUCUUCUCAGAACACAGAGGGAUCAUCUGCUAAAUGGGCAUCAAACGCUGAGGGGAGCUCAAUGCACAUCACCGAGACAUUUACAGCCUCAUCCAGCAUGAAACCUCUUCUCCACCCGGUUCUGCCUCAGCCAGAUGUUUUCUCUGUAGUAACAGGAUAACGCAAAAAACAAUUGAAGAAACUUUAAUUCAGCUGGAGUUAUUGCUUUCCUUCUUCUGAGGACGACAUGUGGUCUUCACCAGCAGUUUGUAUGGUUUUCAUCCUAUUUGGGAUGAUAUGUAAUGUCAAGCUUGUGUGUUCACAAGCCAGAUCAGCUGCGAGACAAACCAACGUGACGCCCACCGAGAACAACAAGUUGGAGGAGGACAUCCAAAAAGUUAUUAAAGAAAUCCACUCCCUCUCUGCUGGAAACACACGCAACUUUGCCGUCCCUUUCUCAGAGAAGCCCCUCAACCUCAACAUGUAUUAUAGCAUCCUGAGUAACCUCAACGGCCUUUUCCAACCGCUGAUGAGAGAGGGAUUCUUUGAUGACCUGCCCAGAAUCCUGGUUUGCCUUCUCUCAGAGAGGCAGGACUGUGGGCUAAUGGCAGAGCUAACAAAGGCAGUGUCUCUGGAGAUGGGCCAGCCGCUGCUGACGUUUUUCUCCUCGCUCAAAUCUCAGACAUGUGCUCCACUGACCACUGAAGGAGAAACGAGGAGCUUCUUUGGGACCUUCCUGAAUGCUGACACGGUCAUGUCAGCAUUCAGUGGCUUCCAGCAGAUGAUCAUUAAUAUGCUGUCAAACCUUACGCUGUCUGAGAACUUGAAGAAAAUUCUGAGCAGCCUUUUAGAUUCUCUUGCGGCAAAUGUGUUGCAUUACAUAGUUCUGUUUCUUGAGACAUCACUGGACUAUGUCAGAAUAGCUUUAGAGUUUGGAAUCGAGGUCCCAUCUCUGGACGAACAAGACACCUGCAAACAAGGAGAUCUCAAGCAGCUAAUUAUGUGGGGGCUAAAGCACAACGUGAGUUGGUCUUUUGGCAUUCCACUUGUUGAUAUCCUCCUGGAAACCUUCCUGCCCUCAGAUUCAGGACCAAAGUGCCAGACUUCUUCCAGCCUCCUGUUGCAGCGCAGCGCAUCACAGCCAAACACCUACAUCAACUACAACGUCUCGUGUGAUCAUCACAAGCUGGCUGCUCUCAAUGAGACUCUGUGUUCUGAUGUCCUCAUGGGUUUCGGAAAUGGAUCGUCCCUCAUAACAUUUUGCCAGGCCCUCAGCUCCCUGAGCAGCAGGCAGUUGGAGCUUGUGUGGAGCAACGUGUGUUAUAUUUUUCAGGCGCUGUUUUCUCCGCUCAUCACCAAGUCGUCUGACUGUGUUGUUGGGGUCGCGCAGCCCACUCUCCGUCGAGUCGCCAGGGAGGCCUCAAGCCUCCGACAGCUCGCCUUGAAAAUGACCAGACGCAGUUUGAGAACCAGGUCUGUAGCAAUGCUUCACUGA